AUGGAGAAGAGGGCGGGAAGACAAUAUUGUUGCUCUACGUGGCGGCGGCGGCAGAACCUGCCCAUCCUCUUCCUCUUCUUCCUUGUCUUCUCCGGUGCUGCUUCCGCCGCCGGGAAUGGGAAGACUCAUGCCAGGAGAAUUAAUCCAGGAAGAAACAGCAGCAGGAGCAGUUCAGGUUUUGGGGUUCAGUUAGUUCGCAGAGGAGAUCCGCGACGGGUAACAAUCGAUAAUGGGAUAGUUUCAGUAACAUUUUCCAGUCCAGACGGCGACGUGAUUGGGAUCAAAUACAAAGGCAUUGAUAAUGUCCUCGAAACCCUUAAUGACGACGAUAAUCGAGGGUACUGGGAUGUCGUGUGGAACAAGCCUGGAGAUCAGCGUGGUCCAUUUGACAAAUUGCGGGCCACAGAUUUCAGGGUUGUAAUGCAAGAUGAUGAGCAGAUUGAAGUCUCAUUCACCAAGAAAUGGGAGCCUUCCGACGCCACUGUUCCGCUUAAUAUCGACAAAAGGUACAUAUUGCGAAGGGGAAGCUCUGGGAUUUACAUGUACACUAUUUUGGAACGCCUGGAAGGAUGGCCGGAUGUUGACAUGGACCAAAUCAGAGUGGUCUUCAAGCUCCAGCAAAAGCUGUUUCACUUCAUGGCGAUAUCAGAUGACAGGCAAAGGGUGAUGCCACUGGCAAAGGAUCGUAUCACUGGCCGCCCUUUGGCCUACCCUGAAGCUGUUCUCUUGACCCAUCCCAGCAAUCCUGAGUUUAGAGGAGAGGUGGAUGACAAGUACCAGUACUCGUGUGAGGACAAGGACAACAAGGUUCAUGGAUGGAUAUCAGAGGAACCUGCAGUGGGAUUCUGGAUGAUCACUCCCAGUGACGAGUUUCGUGUUGGAGGGCCCAUCAAACAAGAUCUUACCUCGCAUGUUGGCCCGAUCGUUCUCAAUAUGUUCACUAGUACGCAUUAUACUGGGAAGGACUUGAACACUGCAUAUAGAAAUGGAGAACCUUGGAAGAAGGUUCUUGGACCUGUUUUUGUUUACCUGAAUUCAGGAGAUACUUCAACACUUUGGCGAGAUGCUAAAGAACAGAUGCACACUGAGGUGAAGAGCUGGCCAUAUGAAUUUGUUAACUCAGAAGAUUACCCAGCAGCGCACCAACGAGGAAGCGUCGUUGGCCAAUUAAUACUCAGGGACAGGUAUAUCAACGAGAGGUUGAUGUAUGCGGGGUCUGCAUAUGUUGGGCUAGCCAUUCCAGGAGAUGUAGGAUCAUGGCAAAGAGAUGCCAAGGGUUAUCAGUUCUGGACUCAAGCAGACAGGAAAGGUAGGUUCUUUAUAGACAACAUUAGAGUUGGGACUUACAAUCUGUAUGCUUGGGUUCCUGGAAUAAUGGGGGACUAUAAGUACAGUGUUAACAUUACUAUUCAGCCAGGAUCGAAGAUGGACUUGGGUAUGAUUGUGUAUGAUCCACCAAGGAAUGGCCCAACUCUGUGGGAAAUAGGCAUUCCUGACAGAACAGCUGCAGAAUUCCAUGUUCCAGAGGCAUACCCUACACUAAUGAAUAAAUUGUACACCAAUCACCCAACUGACAGCUUCAGGCAAUAUGGAUUGUGGUCACGAUACGCUGAUACAUAUCCCAGGCAAGAUCUAGUUUAUGAUGUUGGUGUAAACAACUUUUUUGAAGAUUGGUUCUUCGCUCAUGUUGUAAGAAGCGCAGGGAACAACACUUUUCGGGCAACCACUUGGAGGAUUAACUUUGAUCUGCCAACCGUAGACAAAAGCAAAGGAGAUUACACAUUUCAAUUGGCCUUGGCUUCAGCAGCUGAAGCAGAGCUACAUGUCCGAUUCAAUGACCUAAAUGCACCAGAACCUUUGUUCUCGACGGGGCUAAUAGGAAAGGACAAUGCCAUUGCCAGACAUGGAAUCCAUGGAUUGUACUGGUUGUACAGCAUCAGUGUACCCAACAACCAACUUGUUGAUGGGAGGAACGCAAUUUAUCUCACUCAAACUAGAACUCAUGGCGCCUUUUACGGUGUUAUGUAUGAUUACAUUCGAUUGGAAGGACCAAGAGGAACUUAG